ACUGUAGAACAACACUACGUACUCUACAGUCAUGAGGAGCCUGGUGGUUCUCACUUUUCUGGUAGCUAGCGCUUAUGGAUGUGGCCUUCCCACCUUCCCUCCUGUGCUGAGCAGGGUGGUGGCAGGAGAGGAUGUCAGGCCUCACAGCUGGCCCUGGCAGAUCUCACUCCAAUCAGACAGCAGUGGGCGCUGGAGGCACGUCUGUGGAGGCAGCCUCAUCUCUUCUGAAUGGGUCCUCACUGCUGCACACUGCAUCAAUGACCGCUACAGCUACAGAGUGCAGCUGGGUAAGCACAGCCUGAAGGCGAGCGAGGAGGGCUCAGUAGCUCGGAUGGCAGCCACAAUCGUCACUCAUGAGGACUACAACAUCAUGCUAAGCCGUAAUGAUAUUGCUCUGAUCAAGCUGUCUUCCCCUGUCAUCUUCUCUGACACAAUAAUGCCUGCUUGCCUCCCAGACCGGGGCGUUGUCCUGCCCCACGAUACUCCCUGCUAUGUCACCGGCUGGGGUCGACUCUCCACCAGCGGUCCUCUUGCUGACAUCCUGCAGCAGGCUCUCCUGCCAGUGGUUGGUCACGAUACCUGCUCACAGCCCGACUGGUGGAGCGUCCUGGCAACGGACAAGAUGGUGUGUGCCGGAGGUGAUGGCAUCACUGCUGGGUGCAAUGGAGACUCUGGUGGCCCCCUGAAUUGCCAGAACCCUGAUGGCUCCUGGGACGUCCAUGGUGUGGUGAGCUUUGGCUCCGGUCAGGGCUGCAACGUCUUCCAGAAGCCCACUGUCUUCACACAAGUCAGCUCCUACAUCAACUGGAUGAACACAGUAAUGACCACCUACUGAGGAAGCUAUUUAAGUGCUUUUGUCAGAAAUAAGAACAACUAUAAUUUA